UUGAGGGAUGAAAAGUGGAAAUAAAUGUGAAUCUGGUUUGAUGUGGAACACUUGAAAUUUUAUUAUAAUGAGAUUGACGAAUGACGAGCCAGCGGUGGCAUCCAAAUGACAUAAAAGCCCAUGACAGCAUGCUCCAUCUCCAUAUCUCGAUCUGAAACUCUGAAACUAAACUUCCCUGUAGCUCUCAGACACAGCAGAAUGGCUGCGUUUAUGAAGUUGGAGGAUUCUCCUAUGUUCCAUAAACAAGUGAGAUCUUUGGAACAUACUACAGAUGAGCUGAGAGACCGCUGCCAUAAGCUAUACAAGGGGUGUAAGAAAUACACUGACACUCUUGGAGAAGCACACAAUGGUGACAAUAUCUUUGCAGAUUCAUUGGAGGUAUUCGGUGGAGGUCACGACGAUCCUCUCAGUGUGUCAAUUGGAGGCCCAAUCAUGUCAAAAUUUGUUUCUGCAUUUCGAGAGCUUGCUACAUAUAAGGAACUUCUCCGUUCUCAGGUGGAGCAUGUACUUGUUGAUCGCUUGACUGAACUUUUGUCUGUUGGUCUUCAAGAUGUCAAGGAAUCUCGUCGCAGAUUUGACAAAGCAACAACUGCUUAUGACCAGGCACGUGAAAAGUUUGCCUCGUUAAAGAAGAGUACACGCGAUGAUGUUAUUACUGAACUCGAAGAAGACCUACACAAUUCAAAGUCAGCUUUUGAAAGAAGCCGCUUUAAUUUAGUAAAUGCUCUCAUGAAUGUUGAGGCAAGAAAGAAGCACGAGUUUUUGGAAUCUUUUAGUGCAAUUAUGGAUGCUCACCUAAGAUACUUUAAGUUGGGACAUGACUUGUUGAGCCAAAUGGAGCCUUUCAUUCAUCAGGUUUUGACAUAUGCCCAACAAUCAAAGGAACAGACCAAAAUUGAACAAGACAAGCUUGCCAAAAGGAUUCAGGAGUUCAGGACACAAUCAGAGCUGGAUCGUAUGAAGGCAUCUAGUAAUAUCAGUACUUCAACGAGUACUUUUAGCUCAAAUGGGGUCGGUAUGAGUUCUUACAAAAAUAUAGAAGCAAUUAUGCUGUCUAGUGAAGUUCAAACAAUCAAGCAGGGAUAUCUUUUGAAAAGAUCUUCAAGUUUGAGGGCUGAUUGGAAGAGGAGAUUUUUUGUACUUGACAGUCUUGGCAACUUAUAUUAUUAUAGGCACAGGGGUCCCAGAUCAGGGGGAUCUCCACCACCCCCUGGCGCAGAGCACAAUAGUAGGGUAUUUAGUAGAUUUAGGGCAAGGUAUCAUAAGUCACCAUCUCUUGGUGAAGACAGUUUGGGAUUUCGUACUGUUGAUCUUCGCACUUCAAUAAUAAAAGUUGAUGCUGAAGAUACAGAUCUGCGGCUAUGCUUCAGAAUAAUAUCACCAUCAAAAACUUACACGUUGCAGGCUGAAAAUGAAGCUGAUAGGAUUGACUGGAUGAAUAAAAUCACUGGAGUUAUUGCUUCCCUCUUGAAUUCUCAUUUAAAUCAGCUAGAUUCCAUUCAAAGUGAUGUCAAGAUUAGCAAUGACAGUUAUGGUGCUUGCAUCAAUGAUAAGUCACUUGAAAACAUUGACAGUUCACUGCCUAGCAUGAGAGUUGGUCAAGUUGAUUCUGUGUCUAGUAUUCUUAGAGAAAUUCCUGGGAAUGACAAGUGUGCAGAGUGUGGGGUUUCUGAACCUAAUUGGGCUUCUCUUAAUCUUGGCAUUUUGAUUUGCAUAGAGUGCUCUGGCAUUCAUAGAAAUCUCGGUGUUCAUAUCUCUAAGGUAAGGUCCAUAACUUUAGAUGUCAGAGUUUGGGAACCUACUGUAGUGGACUUGUUUCAAACAUUGGGUAAUUCUUAUUGUAACUCCGUGUGGGAGGACCGGCUUUUACUUCCAAACAAUGAGACGACGAGCACUGUUUCUGUUUCUAAACCAAACCCAGCUGAUGCUUUUCACCAAAAGGAGAAGUACAUUCUGGCGAAGUAUGUAGAAAAGCUGUUCAUCAACAAAGAAGCUUUUGCAUAUAACAGAAAUGACGUAACAAGCAUCUGGGAAGCAGUGAAGGCAAACGAUUUAAAGGAAGUCUACCGAUUCAUCGUAGUGUCAGAUGUUAACAUAGUCAAUGCCACUUACGAUGAGGUGGCUGGUACGACACCGUAUCAUCACGUUACUGAACAUGAACCUCAAAUAGAAUUUCAAGAUUCUGAAAUGAGACAGUAUGAUCCAGCAGCCUGUGAGAAUAUCAAGUUGUGUCUUCAAGGCUGUUCAUUGUUACAUCUGGCAUGCCAAACAGACAAUCCUACAAUCGUUGAACUGCUGCUGCAAUUUGGUGCGGAUAUAAACAAGCGUGACUUCCAUGGAAGGACCGCUCUGCAGCAUUGCAUCUCCACGGGGAAUAACAAAUUGGCAAAAUUUUUGCUUAGAAGGGGUGCCCGUGCGUCAAUCAAGGAUGCUGGGGGGUUCAGUAUACUGGAAAGAACCAUGGAGACGGGUGCGAUCAAGGAUGAAGAACUCUUUGUCUUGCUUGCUGAGAGUGAUUGAAAUGGGCACAAUUGCUAUUGUGGACUUGUCCCGCUUCUCUAAAGCAGUUUGAGGCUGGAAGAGAGAAUUAAAUUUUAGCCAACUCGAAGUGAGAUUAUUUGUAAUGAUACAUCAUUUUUUUUCCUCAUUGUAAUGCAAUUCUGAAUAUAUGAACAUAGUUCAAUAGUUCAAUGUUGUAAACAUCGUAUAUCUUAUAUGAUAUAUAUAUUUUUGAAGCUAAGAAAUUUUAGAGUGA